CCUUAUCUCUGCUCCUCCACUAGUUCUCUUCAGGAAGCUUCCUAACUGUCCAAGCAGACGAGUCAUGGCAUCUUUGCGUGAUCUCCUGAUGCUCCUGAUCACAGUGCAGCUCCACCUGUCCAGCACUUCCUCCCUUGGCGUCAAGAAGAGCAGCAGCUCGGGGAAGCGUCAGGGGGCUGCAUCUCAAUCCCUAGACGAGGGCACUUCGGUGCUGGCACUAGGGGAAGCCUGCGGAGUGUACACUCUGACUUGCGGACGUGGCCUUCGCUGCUUGCCUCCAGAGGGAGACCAAAGCCCUCUGCAGUCUCUGCUUCAGGGGAAAGGAGUGUGCAGGAGCAUCAAGGUCAGCAUCCAGAGGACCACCACCACAGGCUCUAAUCCUCCAGUUACUGAAAGCUUGGAGAAGGGACCUUGUCGAAGACUGCUGAUGUCACUGCUCCAGAAGCUCGAGCUCACCGUCAUCCAGACUGAUCGAGACAUUUACAUCCCCAACUGUGACAAGAACGGAUACUUCAAGAGGAAACAGUGUUUAUCGUCUCGUGGGAUGCAGCGUGGUCAGUGCUGGUGCGUUGACGAGAAAGGGAACAAACUGUCGUCCCGAGGCAGAGACGGUGCCGUGACCUGCAGCGCCUGAGAUUAUUAGUAUUAGUAUUAGUAUUAGUAUUAGUAGUCCAUAAUCCUGACCUAUGAAGAGACGGCGAGGUGCCAUGCAGAGCACUGAAUGAGUUAUACAAUGAUCAGAUCCUGUUAUGCCCCCUAGUGGCCUUGACUGUAACGACUCGCUCUAUUCACAACAUUUGCACUUUUGUGUAGAAAUCUCUUGUUUCCUGACGAUUUCCUGACAGGACUUAUUCCAGAUUAGUCUUUUGUACAAUGCUGUUUCCACAUCACGUGCUGAGUUAGCAUAAUCUCUCUGUGUGUGUGUGUGUGUGUGUGUGUGUGUGUGUGUGUGUGUUGAGUAAAAUAUAACAAGGUGUUUAAUUACUUCAACACCAUUUAAAACACAAGAGCUAAAAGACUCUUACAGUAUUUCUAAAUUACAUUAUAUUAUAUUAUAUUAUAUUAUAUUAUAUUAUAUUAUAUUAUAUUAUAUUAUAUUAUGCUGAAUAACAUCGGAUGCACUUCAUUAGCAUAUACAGUGUUAAAAUAACUCUGUCCACAUUCCAAUAUCAACUCAAAUUAUUAUUGAAUUAUUUUUACCUCAUGUUUUAUCUCUUUCUAUUUUAUCUCAGCAUUUUUAUACUCAUGUCUGAGUUCUACUCAUGUAUUAGAAUCUAUUCAUUAACUGUUAUUACUGUUAUCUUUAAUAACUUAAGGUUUAGUAACAACUCAACACCUCUCAACAUUUUCCACAAGACGAAAUGUAUGGUUUAUUUUAUUAACAUAUCUAUUUGGUAAAUUAAAGUCAACACAUUUAUUUAUUGAACUUUUUCUCUUUUUUUUAUAUUUUUUAUAAUUUAUCAUGAAAUUUGCAGGUUUUUGGAGCUCCGUUUUUCUCAUAAAUCUGUAAAAUUAAUGUAACAUGUCAUUAUUUUUAUUACAUGUUGUUGAUAUUUAUAAUCUCUGUAUCAAAUGUAAAUAAAGUGUCACAAUAAAACUGAA